AUGUACCGCGAGCGCGAUAUCUGGGUCGGGCCGAUCGGUCACUGGCUGGCCCAACUGACCUCCACUUGCGUCAACCACCCUCAUCUCGCCUCCACCCUCCACCUUCCCUCAUCUCAACCAGCGACUACAGGAUACAGGAAGGAGAGAGUGAAGAUGGAGAGGACAAGGACGGUGCCAUUGUCGCUGUGUCCUGGCCCCGCUCCGACGCAACUGCCGGAGCACGGCGCAGUGCUCGGUCCCUGUUCCCCUGCAGCAGCGAUACAUCUUUGUCUCGGCUUCCUCGAUCUCGCCUCUCUUCCGUCCUUCAACUCUCAGGACGAGCCCCCAGAUCCCUCUCGGGCACUCAUAAUCACGGGUCCGCGACACCAACUCCAAUCCGCAAUCGACAGCGAAGAUGAGCCUAGACUUCGGGAACCCAUACCAGACUUGAGCAAGGUGGAUAUGCGGUAUUGUCCUACCUGGCGACACGCCGCUUUACUCCUCUCUCUCCUCAGUGCUGACCCUAACCCCUCAUCGGCCGAACUGGUCGAGAAGCCGGGAUUGAUCGUACUCUCGGACCUCAGUGCGUUGUUUGACAGAGACGUGGAUGAGGCGAAGGAGAAUGUGCCCCCGCCACCGCCCCCGACUACGGACAUUGCGAUUGAAGGUAUGGAGAGCGUGGAGGUCGGGAAGGAGAAGGAGACAAAGGAGCCAAAGAGGGAACUGGGCAAGGACGCAUGGGAGUACCUCUCCCUCAUCAGCGCAGCGAAGCAGGCCGCGUCUCAUAUGGACGCAGCCCUGGUCGUGCUCGAACAUGACCCCGUGUCUCUUCCCCUCCCCUCAUCCGCCCACUCCUCGCGCUCCUUGGAAAUGAAGGACGCGCUGCAAAAGCUAUUAGGCCAUGUCGUGACUGUGACGAAGGGAGAAGGGGAGUACGAAGUCCACCAGGGGACUGAGAUGUGGAGAAUGAGGAGGAGGGAAGUGAGUAAGGACGAGUACGCCCUCCCGCCUAUCCGGACGGGGACGGAGGAGGUCGGGUACGAGUGGAGCUGGGUGUAA